CUUACAAAGGUCAUAGUGUCAACGAUCAAGUAAACAGAGGUCACCUAUCACAGUUCAACAAUUUAACCAGGAAACAAUCAAGGGCGUUUGGCUCUCUCUCUCUCAAGGCUGAAUUCCGUCAUUUCUAUAUCCUGCUCGCUCUGCCAGCAUGAGAUGAGGUUGCGAUCAUGACUGUCUUCGCUCUCAUCAUCAUAAACAAAGCCGGCGGCCUAAUCUAUAACCGGACCUUCCACGAGGGUGGCCUGAACAAGAUCAGCACCAACGACUACUUGGUUCUGGCAGGCACGUUCCACGGAGUUCAUGCCAUCACAGCACGCCUCAACCCCCUCAAGCCGCGAGUCGGCAACCGAUCCUCAACCUCGUCCUCCUCCGGUCCCGGCGGCCUGCUCACCCGCCCGGAACCGCCCUCCGGGCUCGAGGUGCUCGAGUCGGAGAACUUUCGGAUGCAGUGCUUCACGACGCUGACUGGCGUCAAGUUCCUGCUCUUCACCGACCCGACACAGGCCAACGUCGACUUGACGAUGCGCCGCGUUUACGACAUGUACACCGACUAUGUCAUGAAAAACCCCUUCUACCAGCUCGAGAUGCCCGUACGCUGCGACAUGUUUGACCGCAAGCUGGGCUCGUACAUUCGGGAGAUCAACAACAGGUAGGACCUGGGUGCGCUGUGGGCGGGAUGGGUGUUGAGGGAGAAAGACGGCGAGGGAAGUGCGUAGGACGGGAGGGAUUGAGAGGGGUAGGAGUAAUCAGGCGUUUUGUUUCUUACGUUUCGUAUGUGGAGCCGACAGCAUAAGGUCAUGGAGCUGUCCGUAGUCAAUGCCAGCAACUGUCUAAUUCUACAAGCGCGGGAUGACGGGAACGCAUCGUGGUCACCGCCCUACUGUGCAAUUCCCCGUUCCUGACCCGACCCUGGAUGUGCAUUACGAGGUAUCCAUCUUGUCGUCGUCCUUCUUGCUGCCGCCCGGCUGGCCGUCUUUAUCCAAUAGCGGCGCAGACUCGCCCUCCUCCUUGACCGUCUCUAGGCUGGCCUUUUGCGCCGCUUCGGCCUCCUCACGUGCCCGCUUCUCUUGCCGCGCUUUCU